UAAAUAUUUGUCAAUUGAAAAAAAAAACAAAAAUAAACCCGCGCUUUGAAAGCGCGGGUCAAAAUCUAGUAUCUUUCUUAAAGAGAGGUCACCUAGUGAGAUUUAGUAGAUUGACUAAUUUUACCAACAUAUAUAAGCCUUCUAGAUUGGUCAACUUAAAAAUUGAAUUACAUCCUAACCCGCCAUUACUAGCCUUCCAUAAAGUUUUUGGUAGUGACGGAAAAGGUAAGAAAUCUACAGAUUUCGGAUUCACAUUAUCUGAAAUCAAGCCACAUAAACGAAGAUUUAACAUCUGUCUUCGUUUUGUUUUUCUUAUCGGAUUUACCUUUUUAUUUUGGGUUUGGGUGUGUGUUUUGUCGAGAGUAUGGGCGACGAAAUCAUGAACAAUAUCUCUGAAACAAUGAUCGAAGAUCAAACCCAGAUUAGGGAAUCGUCGUAUUGCCACCAGUGUCAUAAAAAGAGAUCGGAUAUUGUCGGAAAUUGUGUGACAAAGAGGCCAAACACGACAUGUAUGGUGAAGUAUUGUCGUAGUUGCCUAUGGAACAGGUACAAAGAGAUCCCAGAGGAUGUUGCAUCGAAAGAAGACUGGCUUUGUUACAGAUGCAGGGGAAUUUGCGAUUGUAGUAAAUGCCUAAAGGAACAAGGUAAGAAGCCGACUGGGUUUCUUAGAGAAAAUGGUUCCAGCUCCAAUGCCAUUAAAAAUCCCAAAAAUGCCAAACGCCAGCUGAAGUUGAAUGAUUCAAGUGAAGGCUACAACGAGGAGAAUCCUGCAGCCGGAAAAAGAACAAAACCCAUUCUCAAGAAGAAAGAAAAGUCUCAGCUUGAGGAGGUUAAGCUACCUCAGGGCAUCGAGUCAAUCACUGUCUUCGGCAUUGACUUGCCCUCUGAAAAUGCUGGAAGAGUUCUUCAGUUUUUGGAGUUCUGUUCGAAAUUUGGAAAGGCUCUUGGCUUAAGAGGAGGGGAACCUCAACUUGUUGUGAGUGAGAUUGUGUCCGGAAGAAACACAAGGAGCCAAGAGCAUUCCACCCUCACCCAAAUGAUAAUCCAAUUAUUGACUCUUAUAUUGGUAGACACAGGAGACAAAUCAGUUGGCCUGAGUGCAUCAGAUGAUAGGUGGUUCAAUGUUCUUGGAGACUGUCUUGCCCAAUCCGAAGUUAAGCUUGAUGACUUCCCUCCUCAGAUGUUUCAAAAAGGCAUUUCUGAGUAUGAGGAGAUGGGUUCAUCGCAAAGGCUGAAACUUUUGAAUUUCUUGUGCGAUGAAACGCUUAGCACAACGGUGCUGAGGGAUUGCUUUGCUAAUCCUGAAUCUGUUGAAAAGAAAAAGGAAGCAAAAGAAAAGUUGAAUGCAGCAAAAGCUAACGAGCAAAAACUAUAUCAGAAGUUAGAAGAUGAGUUAUCCAAAGCUCAAGCAGAGAAUAAUGGGGUUGAGUUGACAAUUAAACAACGGCUUGCAAUUGUAUCACAAAUGGAAGCUGAAUCUGAACUAGUCUUUGCCGGAAUGCAAAACGCGUUAAAAAUGCAAAAAGUUCAAGAAUAUGAUGAUGUUCUUAGAACCAGCCCGGUCGAAUUGGAUGACAGUGGUCUUACUCUCUGGAAAUUGAAGUCGUACAACAAAGAACCAAACAUUUUACUUCAAGAUUUAGGAAGCUGGAGUGACGUAUGUCCUCAUGAAAGGUGGUUUGCGUUUAGCCCUGAGCAAAAACCACAAGUAGAGAAGUAUAUUGCUUGCAAAAAGAAAGAAAGGCUUCUCAAAAAUUGGAAGGGAAAUACUGCUCUCGAGUCUUCGUGAUAAUUUAUCUUGUUCUGCAAGCACAUAAUAUAAAAAUGAUUAUGAUAAGCAGAAGUAAAAAGGCUGACUCAUUUGGAUAUGAUUUGUUGUUUUAUUUACAUUUCUGAACACCCAAAAAACUCGGUUUCGUAAUUUCUUUUUAUCUUAAAAAACAUUCAGACUUUUUUCAUAUGAGACUAUUCGACGUGAGACAAUUGGUCGUUGGGAAUUGUUGUAAGAUUUAUAUUCUGUAACAUUUCUGAAUGUCCGAAAGUGAAUAGAUUCUAUAAUACUUACAUUAGUAAUUUUGGAUUAGUAUCAUUUAAUUUUUUUUGGGUUCGUGUUAUGGAAAUUGAAACAUGCUUGUUGUUGGGAAAAAUAUGAAUUUACCAUGGCGCACCAGAAUAAAUAUUUCCAGCACUUGUAUGAAUUUUUAAGAAAAACACUUAAACAAUGGCAGAAUAUAAUAUACGCAAUAAAGUAAAGGAUGUGGAGAACCUUCUCAAUGUAAAAAGGAAAAAGUUUUUCCUUUUUGUAUAAAUGGUUAUAAAUACAAUCACGUCCUCUUUAUUCCACACGAACAGAUCAAAGAACCGUACAAAAUGAAAUCUCGAACAAAAGAAACAAAAACAACAAGAAAGCAAUACAAGAGUUCAAAAACUACCUCAGUUCACUAGGAUUCCAGAAAUCAUAGACUAAUCCCACCAUACAAUCUAAGAUGAACAAGUCAACAACAUCUUUGCCAAAUUUCAGCUCAGUUAUCAUAUUUAUUUCAACAAUUUUUUUAAAAAAUUUAACUUUAGUUUUAACUUAUAUUAGUAUUUGUAUUAUGAGAAAUAUAUUAGAGAAAUUUUAUCACUGCGGAUGCUCUAAGGUGUGAAAAGUUACAUGAACUGAAAGAACCGAGCUAAACUCAGUUAGAAGAUAUAUUUAUAUUUAAAACUAUUAACUAUAUUUUAAUUUAAAUAACUAAUAUCUUAGAUACAAUUUAUAAAUACAAUAUUUGUAUCUGAUAAUAUAAUACAAUUGAUAAAUAGACUGCAGUUUAUAAAUAGAAAAAAAUAA